AUGUGUCCUUCAAGAGAAUCACCAGAUUUUCAAGUCAUAAUGCAUGAUGAUGGAACUUGUAUUGAAAUUGGUUAUGAUAUUAAAAAAAUAUUCCCUUCAGAAGCUAAAGUUAGUCAUCUAAAAAAUAUUUAUGGGUUUAUAGAUAAUUACAAGAUCAAAUGUGUUGAAAAAUUAAUUUAUUCUCAUGAGAAUGUUAUUUACUUGGAGCCAAGGGGGGAGGAGAAGAAACCACAAAAUCCCAAUGAGUUACUAAAAGCAUUGAUUUGUGUAUUAACUUGUUUAGAGGGCUUGCAUAAUAUAAAACCUAGUCCAGUUAUGCAUAGAAAUAUACAAUGGCCAAAUAUUAUACAAUAUGGAAAUCAAUAUAUUUUGAUUGACUUUGAUUUUGCCAGCUUUUCUCCUUCAAAUGAAAAUUUACAAGACCUUAACCCAGAUAAUCAUGCACCCGAAAUUGGUAUUAAUAAUGAAUUACCUGAUGAACUUUUAUCACUUUCACAAUCAAUGUGUCAAAAGGAUAUAAAUGCACGUCCAAAUGCAUCUGAUACACUUAGAAUUUUCAAAGGUUUUUUUGUGAAGUGGUUUCCUAAUGAUGACUGGCUAAAUCAUUUUGAUAACUAG